CCCAAGCCCUGUGAUCAGCUAGCAAGACAGUGUGUGUGAGUCUCUCUCUGCCCCCACCUCCCUUGACACUUGGCAAUCAACAGUCACAUUGCCGGCGAAGCCAGAUGAGGAAGCAGUUUAAGCUGUGAAUUUCUUCUUCACCCCCAUAGAACAGUGACGACCAUCAUUUUUGUCUUCACCAUAGAGAGAUGCUUUGUGAACAAGUAUCCUGGAGCACAAUGGAAAAGUUUUAAUACAAGACAUCAGAAAAAAGUGCUGCAAUGUCUAGUGUGCUGAGGGGAAAAAGGGAGACUUACAACUGCAUCUUGAAACACUCUCAGAUGAUUUGAGAUUACAUUUUUGGAAGAUCUCAACUGGAGCUGUGGAUAAAAGAAAGGAAGGGAGGCAGUGACUGAAUGGUAUUUCUUACAUUAUUUGAAAGAGAGAAGGCACUGGGGACCUGCAAACAAUCAGGCGGUUUCUGAAAAAUCUUUAUGGUAAAGGAUAAUCCAGGACUCCCUGUAGAAGAACAUAGUGAAUGAUAAUCCAGAGCAGCUGCUGGAGCAUUGUGCUCACAGGGAGAUGAUUCCUCAUGAAGUCACUGGAUCCCCUUCAGAAAUCAAAUGUGACUUUCCAUUUAUCAGACUGAAAUCAGAACCAGCCAGACAGUGAAGCAAGAACAGUGGAGGGGGGACGGCGAAAGAUGAAAUCCAACCAAGAGAGGAGCAAUGAAUGCCUGCCGCCCAAAAAGCGAGAAAUCCCCACCACCAGCCUGCCCUCCGAGGUGAAGCCAGUGGUCCUGCCGAACGAAAACCACCGCACGGACAACUUAACAUGGCUCUCCAGUACGCCCAGCAGCCAGAGCAGCAUGGGUGGAAGGCACCGGACUGGAGGGAGUUCAAUGGAGAUUGGCUUGCAGCAGGGUUUACACAAAGCACCGUCUACAGGAAUGGACUAUUCCCCACCGAGUGCUCCCAGGUCCGUUCCAGUCUCAACAACACUUCCCACAGUGUACUCGCCCGCACUCUCACAGUCAGGGACGCCUGUAUCCCCGGUGCAGUACACGCACCUGCAGCACACUUUCCAGUUCGUUGGGCCCCAGUACAGUGGACCAUACGCCGGAUUCAUCCCCUCCCAGUUGAUUUCCCCGACAGCCAAUUCCGCAACUUGUGCGGCAGCCUCUGCCACUGCUGUUGCAACCACUCCAUCCCAGCGUUCCCAGCUGGAGGCUUAUUCCACUUUCCUGGCCAGCAUGAGCAGCUUAAGUCAGCAGGGGCACAAAGUUGAGCAGCAUCUAGUCAGGACACCUGGAUUGAUUGCAGCAGGGUCUCCUCCACCGACCCAGCAAAACCAGUAUGUCCACAUUUCCAGCUCUCCCCAGAGCGCGGUCAGAAAUGUCUCUCCUCCGACCAUCCCAGUCCACUUGCAUCCCCACCAAACGGCGAUUCCACACACCCUCACCCUCGGCCCCUCCUCCCAAGUGGUGGUGCAGUACUCGGACUCCGGGGGCCACUUUGUCACGAGGGAUUCUACCAAGAAAGCCGAGAGCAGCAGGCUGCAGGCAAUGCAGGCGAAGGAAAUACUGAAUGGCGAGAUCGAGAAAAGCAGGAGGUACGGCCUGUCGCCCUCUGGAGAUGUGAGUCUAGUCAAAGCAGGCAAUAAACCAGCUCCUCCUCAUUAUGAGACCAGACAUGUGGUGGUGCACUCAAGUCCUGCUGAGUACAGUGCACGGGAUUCCUCCGGCAUCAGGGCCUCUGUUAUGGUUGUACCGAACAGCAGCACACCUAUUACGGAGAUGGAGGUACAGCAGGCCACCAACAGAGAAACUCCUCCCUCAGUCCUGAACGACAAGGGAAACCUGCAUUUGGGAAAGCCAGCCCACAGGUCUUAUGCUUUAUCUCCGCAACAGACUAUGGGCCACGAGGGGGUGAAAGCGGUCGCCACGCUGUCCCCCCACACUGUCAUUCAGACCACCCACAGCGCCUCAGAGCAACUCCCUGUCGGGCUGCCUGCGACAGCCUUCUAUGCCGGGACCCAGCCACCGGUAAUUGGCUAUCUGAGCAGUCAGCAGCAAGCAAUUGGUUACCCUGGAAACCUGCCACAGCACCUGGUGAUCCCUGGCACCCAGCCCCUGCUUAUACCAGUUGGCAAUGCAGACGUUGAAUCAUCAGGAGUAGCACCUGCUAUAGUCACUUCAUCUCCCCAGUUUGCAGCAGUGCCUCAUACAUUUGUCACUACCACCAUUCCUAAGAGUGAGAAUUUCAGUGCUGAGUCGCUAGCAACCCAGCCGGCCUACCAGGCAGCCGUGGUGCAGGCCCAGAUCCACCUCCCGGUGGUGCAGUCCGUAGCUUCUCCAGCCGCAGCUCCUCCUACACUGCCUCCUUACUUCAUGAAAGGGUCAAUCAUUCAGUUGGCCAAUGGGGAGCUGAAGAAAGUAGAAGACUUAAAAACAGAAGACUUUAUACAGAGUGCAGAAAUUAGCAAUGACCUGAAAAUAGACUCCAGCACAGUGGAGAGGAUUGAAGACAGCCAUAACCCAGGCAUUGCUGUGAUACAGUUUGCAGUUGGAGAGCAUCGAGCACAGGUCAGCGUUGAAGUCUUGGUCGAAUACCCUUUUUUUGUAUUUGGACAAGGCUGGUCGUCCUGCUGCCCUGAGAGAACCAGCCACCUCUUUGAUUUGCCAUGUUCCAAACUCUCAGUUGGGGAUGUCUGCAUAUCGCUUACUCUCAAGAAUCUGAAGAAUGGCUCUAUUAAAAAGGGCCAGCCCAUGGAUUCAGCUAGUAUCUUGCUGAAGCACUCAAAGAAUGACAGUCUAGCUGGAAGUAGACACAGGUAUGUGGAGCAGGAAAAUGGUAUUAAUCAGGGAAGUGCACAGAUGUUAUCUGAGAAUGGUGAACUGAAGUUUCUGGACAAAAUAGGAUUGCCUGCAGCACCUUUGCUCACCAAAACAGAACCCAGCAAGCCCACGGCGACGAGGAAGAGGAGGUGGUCGGCCCCUGAAACACGGAAACUAGAGAAAUCAGAAGAGGAACCACCUUUGACUCUUCCCAAGCCUUCUUUUAUUCCUCAGGAGGUUAAAAUUUGCAUUGAAGGUCGAUCUAAUGUAGGCAAGUAAAGGCUGUUUGGGGAAAGGAAAUUAGGCUAUCCCUUGUCAUUUUUAUCCAGAUUACUGUACUGUAGACUAAAUAACCCAGUAUUUACAUGUUAUCAUCUUAUUUUAGGUUUAUGUUAUAACCUUGUUGUUAUAGUUGCAGCUGGUAUUAUGCAGGAGACAGGUGCAUAUGUUUUUCCACAAGUGUUUUGUCAGUGACUAGAUUUAUUGAGAGCUACAGAAGGGGCAGUAUCUGCUUCACGCACCCUUAGUGGAAAUGAAUGUGUUGUCAUGGCUCCUGUUUUCUGUCACCUAGUGUAGAGCAGACUCCAGCUGUUCUUUUUUCUGUGAGGUGACGAGAUGGGAACUGUAGCAGAGAUAAACUGCACUGCAUGCACUGUGUGUGUUUCAGUCCCAAGGAGGGAUUGCAGCUCCCUGGCUGGGUCGUUAGGAGGUUCUCUCGCGCCAAGAGCACACUAAGAACCCAACACACACACAUUAUUAAAAAAGGAUCAGACAGUCUUUGACACAUUUCACAAUCAAACCAACUCUUAGUCAAGGCUCUACAGUAUAUAUAUUUUCCCCCAUGGGGUCCGACUGCACUGAAUUUUAUUCAUAAAGUGACUGCCACGCAAAUGUUUCUUUUCGGCUUGCUAGUGCAGUUCCAUUGCCAGAGUGUAACAUUCAGUAAGGUUCUAUGCUUGCAUUGUUACACUGCUAGUUUUUCUUAAUGACAUAGCCAGGGUGAGGGAAGCCUAAAGUUCGUUGGGUCCCCUAGCUAAGGGGAAACUUCUGGUUCUGUGCAGUGUUAGAUAAAUUGAUCAGGUUAUGCCAUUGACAUUUGCUUCCACAAGGUAGACACGUACUGCCCCUUUGAGAGCGCAGACAUAAAUUGUUUGCAUUUAGGUUGCAAAUCUUUGUCUUUAACUCUAGUACUGUUUUUAGUUCAUGACGAUGGACAACUGGUGCCACUUUUUUCAAAAUUCAGUGUGACACAAGGAAUCGGACGUUGAAGAUGAACAUAGAAUGUCUUUAAGCACUUAAAAUGCUGUUCACGCUUUCUUGUCGAGCAUCCUGGUCUAACACUCAAUAAGUACUGUAUCUCACUUUAAUCUGUUUGAGGGGGAAAAAAAGAAUCUAUUCAACACUGUUAACUACAUAUGACUAUGUAGAGUUUUCUCACAAGCAAGAUGUUGGAAAUUUUAAUGUGGUUUCAAAGGGAUGAAUGUGAAUUAUUGAACUAGUAUGUGACAGUCAUUGUCCACAAAGGACUACUUAAUAGGAGGCACUUUUAAAACUUUAAUGCUUGAGAAAGAGUUAAAGGCAUAUGCGAGCUGACAGAUAAUAAAAGAAUAAGAGAGAGGAAAAAAGAAAGAGGAAAAAAAUCAUUAUUGUCCAGUGUUUUUGAAAAAGAUGGACUUUAAAGAAUCUUGCAAUUUGCACAUCUUGAGUUUAUCAUUUGUGUGGUAUUCCUGCAGUUUUUACCUAAUAAUGUUGUGGGGAAGGGAGGGGGACUGAGAGAGCAUAAACAAAUGUAGCAAUUAUUUACUAACCUGCCUAAGCUCUAGGCCAUUUUAUAGAGUUAUGUUCCUUUUAAAGUUCAUUUUUGGUCUUUCUGCCAUAUCUGUCGCACAGAACCAGGUCCUAGCAGGACAACUCGGAGAAUUUUUCUUCAGAUACAUUGAGAGAGUUUUCCAGAAAAGACAUCUCUAUACAUAAGCAGGAUUUUAUAAAAAAAACCCAACUGUUAUUAUUUUAUUAUUAUUAUUAUUUGUUGUUUUAAUGACAUUUUCCAGUUGAAAUACAAUCUUGAUUUCAGAGUUUGGUACAAAACAGUAAGAGGGAAUGGUGAUUUCAGACAGUUAAGUCUUUUUUGUUCCCAGUAAUCUGAAACAAAGGUAGGGCCGGAUCCUUAGAGGUGCUGUGCACCUUUGGUUCCUGUCAACGGGAGGUGCAAGUACUAAGCACUUCAGGUGUGAUCUGAAGCCCAUUGCAUUCAAUCCCAUUGGUUUCAGUGGGCUUUGGAUUAGGCCCUCCAUGAUCAACCCUUUAUAUUACUAUUACUUUUGUUUUGUAAUUGAGUUUGCAUCCUUCAAAUACUUUUGAAGAAGCUGUACUAAUAGGGAGAAGUAGGCUAUAAAAGUUCUUGAUUAGAAAUACAGUAUCUAAAAUGAACAAAUUCCUUAAAAAUCUCAUUUUUCCUGCUCCUAAAAUACAGUAUUUCCAGCUCCUUUAUUUACAAAAAAUCUGAAAACCCCACAGCUUUUUGGUUCUUUUAUUCAUUACUUGAAAUUUAGCUCACACCAGAACUAAUUGUUUUUAUACCAUUUUCUGCGGUGCACCAAAAAGAUUUAAAUAAGUUUAAAAUAGCUUGAAACUUUUCUUGAAUUUCAUUAACCUCUCAGCAGGCUACCAAACAGCUGAGCAGGUUCAUUCUCACGGUCACACUGCUUAUCUAGUGCUGUACUUUUUUUUAACGUUUCUGCUCAGAGAACUUGCUUAAUCUUCCAUAUACUCCGCUCAGGGCACUUGCAAUUUAUUGUUGUUUUGUUUGUUUUGUUUUUUGUUAUGUUUUAACCUUUGAUGGUAAGAGGAAUAGAAAGAUGUGGGCAGAAUUAGAUUUUAGUUCACGUUAGUACCACUAUAUUCAUAAUACACAUACUCAGAAAAUCUGAAAUAAAACCACACACACACAUCUUUUUGGCUAAUAAAGAAGCAGGGACUCUUAAACUGACUGGAUCUAUUCUACUAACACUAACAAUAAACAAAUAAAAAAAGUUUGGAGCAAUAGGAAUGUAUUAGUUCUGUGCUUGUAUUUCAGAUUUAGGAAUUCUGAAAUAAUUGGUUCCUUCCAAGCAAUUGUCCCUUUUUGUGCUUUUGCUUUUUUAGGAUGUGCAAUACUUUAUGUGCCAACGUAGACCCACCCACGUGGUGAUAGCUAGAUCUCACACCCUCUUCCACUUUCACCUUUUUGUUUUCUUUCACUGUUUUCUCUACCCUCCUCCUCCCAAAAUAAAAGUGUUUAGGGCCUUAUACCUCCCUUGAUUGGGGGCACAGAAUCUGUAUGUAGUUAACAGGUGUGGCACACAUGGAUCGAUGGCCCUGGAUGGUCCAUAUUCUUUCAAAUGUAAGUCCCUGGCCUCCGCAAUAUAAAGAAGAUCCAGAAAAAGGCUUAGUGGAUGUUCCCUCCCACAAAAAAAGAUUUUUAAAGGGGGGGAUAAGAAUUUUGUGAAUGUGAGGGACCUGUAAAUCGCAAACAGUUCAGUCAUGAGUAAAUAACAUCGUCUCUUACAUGAGUGAAAGCAGCCUUCUACAGCAUUAUCAGUGUCAUUUUCUUUUCAAUCUAUGCCUGUAACUGUUACUUUAUAUAUAUAAUAUACCUAUACUUUACAUGCACGUGUAUAUGAAUGUUACUAUCUGCUUGAUGUACAAUGUGGGUGAAAUUCACCCCUGUGCAAAAAGCCAAUACACCACUUAUGUCACUAACGGGUGCAUUAACUUGGUAUUGGCUCUCUGUACAGGAGUAAAUUUCACCCCUAAAUGGACAGAAAGAGGUGACUACUUUCAGUUGGCUGAAUCUGGAGUUUGGCUCCAGUUGCAAUGAACUAGCAGGCCCAUGACCCCUCAUUCACGUGAGUAAAUCCUUAAUCCAAUGGGGUGAGUUGCCCCAUUGAUAGCUCAAAGGAGUAAGGGGAUGUCUGCUCUCCAGCAGCAUAGUUACAACUCUGCCACACUGUAGUGUACACACUUCCUACCUAGAUGGAAGGGGGGUUUCCGUCAGUAGUGACUCCACUUCUCUGUCAGUGGAAGAAUUCUAGCCACAUCUACGCUGGGGAUUAGGUCGACCUAACUGUGGUACUCAGGGUAUGACAUUUUUCACAGCCCUGAGCAACAUUGCUAGGUCGAUCUAGUGUUGAAGUGUAGAUGUGGCUAGAAUUCUUGUGGCUUGAGGUGCACAGUGAAAAUAACAAUCACAGGCAUAGAAAUAUUUAGGUGAGUUCAGUGUAAAAGGAUGAGUCAUGUGCCUCUGUACAGUGUCCACUUUGCAAUAUUAACUGACAAGUCUUUUUUUUUUUUUUUUUUUUUGUACCAGACCUGUUUAGUUUACAAUGAAAUGCAUACAAUCACCAAGAAAUUUAGUCAGGGCAAAAGAAAAAAAUAAACAAGAACCUCUUUAUAGGGAUUUCUAAAAAACCAAUAUAUCUCUCUAUCUCUCUAUAUAUAAUGACUGUUCCUUAUAGUGUUUAACUUAGGCAUCGUUUCAGUUUGUCUGGGCCACAUCAUGGGGAAUUUGGAGUUUGAUGUCACUUACCUCAAGUCCUUUAGUUGAAACCCAAAUUGGAUUUUUGUUUGAACUAUUUAAUGAUUUUGUACAUUGUUGUUGUGGGGUUUGGGGGGGAUUUUUUUUUUAAUGUAUGUUUGGGUGGGGGGGGGUUCUGUUUUUUUAACCCUGUCGUCACUUCGUUAAACCGUUGUUCUGUCAUUUUCUCAGCACCAGGAAGUGACAUCACUGCUCUUGUUUCCCUAAAGCAAGGAACAUUUAGAAACCUUUCACACCUCUUACUCAGGGAUGGGGCUGGCGUAUGUGUGGUACACUGAUGUGACCAGAAGCAGCACUUUUACUGCUCUGGAGUAGGGAUGUACAAUUUCAAGGACAAGUUUGGAUUUCCUGCAUCUCGUGGAUUAACUUUGUAGAUAUCACAUAAAUUGCAAUACAAAGCAGCAGAUUCAACGUGAACCGUAGCUGUUGGUUACCAUGAGACUCUCUUGUUGCAUAGAGAUUAAUUUUACCUAAGUAUGUUGCCAAUAUUAAAGAAAACAAUGAAAUUCUGUUAAUGCAUGUGACUACUAAAAUGAAAAAAAAAUGUUUCAGGGAGAACGAAUCUUAACUAUUUAAAAAACACUAAUAGUGUUAUUUCACUAGGGUUCUUAGUAUGUAAUGCCAUGGGCAGGAGGCCACAGUUCUGCAAACACUUAUGCAUGUGCUUAACUUUAAGUAUCCGAUUAGGCCUAUGGAAGGCAGGGGGACUAUACAUGUUAAUGUUAACUACAUGGAUAAGUGUUUACAGAAAUUAGUGGCUCGAUCAUUUAGAGCCAGAUUGUGAUCUUAGUUACAACAGCUAUACGUUUGGAGUAACUAUUGACAUCAGUGGAGUUAGUCCAGACUUGCACGGGUGUAACUGAGAUGAGAAUCUGACCUGUUGUCACUUCUAUUAUGACGCAUACCCAAAAAUGGGAAAGUGCAACCUGCACUCUUCUAAAAUAAUUUCCACUUCUUCCUUUCCCGUGACUGCGGACAGCACCAGACAACAGCAGAGUCCAAUCUGUGGACUUACCCAGUAUUGAUGUGAAAAGCAAUGGAAUUUUAGCAGAGUGUGGUCAGUGCUUUUCUUUUCAUGGCUUUUUUUUCCCAAUCCCCAAAAUCCUGAAAUAAAAAAAGAGUCCACCCACAAACAUAGAGGUGUAUGUGUGCGUAUACAUGUGCAUGCGCGCGCACACACACACACACACACACACACACACAUAAAAGCAAAUGAUUAUGUUCAGUUGAUUUUGUAUCCUUUUCAAGGACAGUGUUGUGUUUUCUGUUGAUAAGGAAAUUCCAAACAAGUUGCACACCUCUACUCCAGAGUUAAUUUCUUUUACAUAGACGACCUCGCUUCAGAUGUGUUACCUUACUGAUAGGAUCUUUUCUUGUAGCACUAUACCUUGUGGGAAUAUUUUUUUGAUGUAAACCUAAUUUGAGAAGCUUACAAAAAAAAAAACUUUUUGGAAGCACUCACAUUGAGGAGUACAGGUAAUGUUUUAAAAAAUUGCACAAAAGAAAAAUGAAUGUUGGAAUGAUUCAUUCAGUGUUUGAAAAAGAGAUGGAUCUGUUGAAACAGUGUGUUUCAUACCUUGUUUGUAAAAAAAAAAAAAAAAGAAAUUUUUUUUAAAGUACAAAAGCAGAGAAAGGUUGAAAGUUACAUGUUUUUUGUAUAUAGAAACUGUCACAUUUAGAUGAUCUGAUUUGUAUUGGCUCUGGACAGGAAGAAUUAUAUACUUAAAAGGCUCUUAAAGAACAACUAUACUCAAUUUUCUGUUCAUAUCACAUAAAUCCCAAUGCAGGGGAAGGGGGGAAUGCUUCACACUGUUUGUUCCUGCGCUGAAAAUAUAUCUUAAAGCACCCUGCAUAGUUUAGAUUCUGAAGCCAUUGUAACUUCUUUACUCCCUCUGGGAUGCUGUUCUACAUUUUCAGCACUUCCUGUUCCAAUCAACCCAAAGACUAUAACUUGAACAAGAAGUGUUUAUAACAAGGGAUCCUCGCUUACCAGUAAAUAAGAGUAAUAUCCAACGAGACAUGGCCUUUUGUGUACACACACCCUCCCACCUCAUUAAAACAGGGGGUAAAGACAUGAAUUUCAGUUUUUCCAGAUGUGCUCUGAGCUUGGACAGGUUCUUUCUCAUUUGAUUUAGAGAUUCAUGUUAUUCACAGGCCAAAAUGAAAGAAUCCUUGAGCCAUUUCCAAGGAAAGGGCCCUUUCCUUGGCCAAAGGUCAAGUUGGACAGCUGGGAGCCUACGCACCGCCGGGAUAAACAGUUAACUUUCAGAACCCUUCUCUCCCUCCCCUGACAGCUUGUAACGCAAGCUUCAGUUCUGAUACCUAAUGGUCACAUGGGGGGGGGGAAAUAAUUACGUUAAAAUGACUCCUUGACACCCAAAAGAAUGGCCCCAAAUGUAUUAGAAUGAAGUGCAUUCAGCCAAUAGGUAGUUAUACAAUAACAGUCUCUAAGAUUGCUAUAGUUUUACUCGUCGUUAUCUGAAAGGACUCAAGUCUUCCACUGAGAAUUAAUUGGAGGCUUCAUCCAAGUUUGGCUUUUUUGUUGUUCAUUCGUUUGUUUCUAUUCAGAGUGGUCAAAGCUCCUGCGCCCUUUCCCUUGACCAUGCUGCAGGCAUGCAUUGGAAGUGUUGUUUGCAUUAAUCCUUACUCUUUGAAGCUGUACUACUGGGUUGUGUGAAAACAGCAGCAGCCAGCUAGAUCUGGCCCCUGAUGUUUGCUUUAAAAAUAAAGAGCCUGAUGAUUCUAGCUUUAGAGAGAGACACACACACACUCUCUCUCUCUCUCUCUCUCUCCAGUUGAAGUCAGUAGUUGCUGGAUCUCUGUAACUGUGGCUGCAAGUGGUUGAAUUCAUGUCUUCUGUCUGGCCCUUUGGCUACUUAGCAAAGUUACUAAUCUUAUUAAGGCGGCAGGUAUAACUUUUCGCAGACAGUCAGCUAAUGUGGCAACUCACUAAUGUAUGUAUUUCUGUCUUUGGCUUUUUUAAAAUAUUAACUUUUUGUGAACACUGUUCUCUCUGCAGUGUUUAAAAAGGGGAAUUUCCAAACUUUUCCAUUCAAAUUAGCUACUGAAAAUAAUUUUGUAGUAGCAGUGUCACAGUCUUUGAGAGCCAGCAGGCUUGGACUGGCCAACUAGCCAUGGCACUUGAGGAAAGUCCUCGUGUGGGUAAGUCUAGUGAUUCUACAAUAAUAGUCUCCAAGGUUUUCAUUGCUUGGUAUUUCUGAAGAGGGUUGUUGCAAAUCACACUUCCAGUGUUGCGCCUAAUGUAGGCUCAGAAAAAGGGAUAAUGCAGCUUUGUGUUGAGGAGAAAUCAAGCUGACAUGGCCAGUACAAAGGAGAAAUAGGGAGGGAAUAAUGUUUUGCACCUUAAUGAAAAGAGGAGAAAAUUUUAAGUGCAUACAGACAUAGUUAAGAGCUUUUAUUGUGACAGGAGAACUUUUUUCCAUAUGCGUGCAUACUCUCUGUAAUUCCAGUGUAAAAUAUUGUACUUGCACUAGCUUUUUUAAAACAAAUAUUAAAAAAAUGGAAGAAUUCAUAUUCUAUUUUCUAAUGGUGGUGUGUCUAUUUGUAGGAUACACUCGCGUCUGUUUAUUGAAUUUUAUGGUCCCUUUCUUUGAUGGUGCUUGCAGGUUUUCUAGGUAGAAAUUAUUUCAUUAUUAUAAUAAAACAAUGUUUGAUUCAAAAUUUGAACAAAAUUGUUUUAAAGAAACUGUCUGUAUACCAGUACAAGUUUAUUGUUUCAGUAUACUCGUACUAAUAAAAUAACAGUGCCAAUUGCAAAUGUGUGUCUGUCUUUAUGCGUUAAGAAAGAAUGAGAGACAAUUUUCCUAUGAAAGAAUAAUUUGUCCAUUUAAUUUGUCCCCCUUCAGAUUUAGCUUCAGCCACAAGUUUUUAUGGAGUUUGUUUUUAUCACUAUACAUAGAAGUUUGCACAUUCCCACAUUCAGCAUAUAAUCCUAUCCAGUCCGCCAGAGUGAAGCCGUUUAUUUCAUAACAGACCAGCCAGGGUGCACAAUAUGAUCACUUUAUAUGAGCAAGUUCAUCAUGGCAGACACAUUCUGUGCACCGGUUUUUGGCUACAAAUGAGGAAAGAAGAUACCCAUUCUUAAUCAUCUCCGCUGUGGCGCAUGCAGAGUUAUGGAAAUGGUUAAAACUCACUCUUUUUUAAAGACUUCAUGUGUGGUCUUCAAAAUUAUCACAAACUUUAUUUGUCACAUAGGAGCUUUGGGCUAUUUAUUACAUAUGUUUGGAAAUGUUAUCCAUGUCAGCGGUGUAAUAGCUGAUGCUGUGAAGUCACAUCCAGAGGACAGGCCUAAAUGUCUAAAUGAAUAAAAAAGAACUAAGUCUAAGGCAGAUGGGGGGGACGAGGGGACCCUUAUUAUUAGUGGGCAAGACUGAUUGCAUUUAGGGCACUUCCAGCAUAGAAGUCAUGCAGCAGGUGGCAGUACCGCAAGCUUAUUCAAAAUUCUUAACCAACCAACCCCCAAAGAAAACACAUUGCUUCUAGACAGAGAAAACAAGUGCCUUGCUGCAGGUGGGCUUUAGCGGUGCAGUCACACUGCCACACCUAGGCCUUGUGAUUUUCCCACUCUAAUCCAAAAAGCCAUAUCCUGCAGUGUCUCUGAGGUCAGCUGCAAAAUUCCCAUUGACUCCAACAGCAGAGGAUUUGGCCUAAAUGCCCAUCAAAGUUUGGCAAGAGAAGCCUGAUUUAGCUCUCAUUUACACUGGUGAAAAUUAGGAGAGACUCCGUUGAAGUCAAUGGGUUUAUACCGAUGUGAAACUGGUGCGUGAGAGAAUUAGGCCUAGCAGGAGUUUCAGAGCACAAACGCCCAUGGAUUAAAACAUUAAUCAUGGAUCCAGUGAUGGUGUCAUACUGUGUCUUGGAAGACUUGCAAAAGCGCUCACCUUUCACCAUCCUCAGCAAACUUCCCGAAAGCCCUCCUAACUUGUGCUUCCUGGAACGAUCCCUGCACACACCACCUGACAGCAGCAAGGGCAAAAUCCAACACUUACCCACUCAGGGCAAUGGGGGAAGGCACAGAAGUGUGCCAGUCACAUGGUGCUUUCCAGAGCCCCCCUGAGGAUGCUGAGCAAGCUGAGGUAGUGGGCUGAGGACAGUGUGUACCUCUUCUUACCACAAACCAUCCCCACCCCUGGUCCCAGCACAUUCACUGACCACACACAGCACUACCUGUCAGAACACAAUCCCUUGGUGCUGUGGUGUAGGCACCACUCCUACAGUAGUGCUCCUCGUCCUCCCCUGCUGUCACACGAGGGACAGAGGUGCCUAUGCCUUGUGCAGGCUUUGGCUUUAAAUGUGUAUUAUCGUACCCGAACCUGUUAAUCAGAUUUGUUUUAACUAGCUUCAUUUUUUAAAGCAAUGUGGCACGUUAGCUACAUCUUGAUGGAGCCAGUGGGAAAUUCUAACUUUCCUCUUAUGCACUGAUGUCAUUGGUGUUGCAAGGGUGUGGAAAGCAAGUCAGAAUUUGGCCCCGUGUCAUGGGUAGCCGCUGCUUAAGACACUUGCAAUGUAGCGGGGGGGCUCUUUUGGCAGCUGACCCGAUAGCAGUUCAUGAAGUGCAGCACAAUGCUAAGCCCCUGGGAAGGACACUAAGAACUGGAGAACCCUGUAAAAUGAUCAGAUGCGGUAGCUCAAGUUAAUUGCUUCGGGGCCUAAUACUGCCAGGUGUAGCACACCCUCAACUUCCAAUGACUUCAACAAGAGUUUGGCCUCUAAGGGCAGGUCUACAUUUACUUCCUGGUCCGG